AUGGCACAACAAGCAGCUCCACCUGUUCUCUUGACACACCAUGAAUCCGUUACUAGCAUGGACUUCGGUGAUGGCCUUACUGGUAGUACCCUUCUCCCAGAGUCGAGAGAAUUUGUGAGCACCUCUAAUCAAAACCGUAUGCUUCGUCCUCCUAUUGGUUCCACUCGCGAUUUGUACCGUCGUGAAGACGGUUUUUACAGCGAAGAUGACCCAGUUCAAUACCCUCAACCAUUUAACCCCCAUUAUCCCUACUUCGCAUAUAUUCCCAAGCUCCCGACAGAUGAGACGAGUCCCUACUACAACGACAGAUGUAUGUGGAAUAAUUACUGGAGGGAGAUCAACUACAACUUUGGCUCUUGCAGAGCUGAGCUCAACUGGAUUAGCACCAAAAUCCUUGAUUCCGUCUCAUCACUAUGUCAGCAGGUGAAGCGGUUUUUGACGUCCCAUCCAGAUUGGCAGAACUCCUUGUCUGAGAUGGAUACCACCAUCACUCUAUGUUUACAUCAACUCACUUCUGUUCAACUAUCUCUUCAUAAUUCAGUUCGAGGCGUCGCUGAAAUUCAGCGUUCCUGGAAGACUGCCGUCGCCAUUAUGGAUUAUGUCGAAGUAUAUAAGCCCAAGAUGUCAACCAUCUCUUCUUCGCCUCAAGCAGUCGCAUUGGAGGGCACAGAUGCAUUUCAGAUGGGAGCAUUUGUCUGGAAUGACAGAGAUGCUUUGAUGCUUUUUCGUGCCAAUCUUCCCGUGUACUUUAUCAGAGGUUACAACGACUUUGAUUUCCAAAUAAUUCGUCGUAUUGACCCAUUCCUCGAUCUCAAUAUCACUCAAAAAGCGGCUUCCCCUAGCUACCCUGUCAUUUACACCGGUCAGGCAGGUUCAGACGCCAAAUUUGCCGCAAUCAGGGUAGUGUCUAUCUCUUGCUUCGACACCCCUAGUCCUUUUGAAAACCUCCACCUCGAAGGUGCCUAUCAGUCUUCCUAUUUGCUCGGGGUAGGAAGUAUCAUCUCUCCCACUUCUUCCUUGCCCUCUGACUUGAAGCCAACGAGUUCCGGUCCAAUCAGAACACCUUCCACCGCAGCAUCCUCUUCCAAGCCUUACAACAGGAAAGACAAGAAAGGGAAGGUGAAGGGAAAACAACCCCAGCCAUCUCACAACCUUUUUGACGAUCUACCUCCCAAUAAUCCUUUCAUUCUGUGUGUGAUCUCCGCCUGGAAAGACGCGAAUAGAUCUAUCGACCAAUCACAUCCUGGAAAAUGUCAGAUGCUUCCUGGCCACAAUCUGAGAUUGAAGACUGUUUUGCUGGAUUCUGCCUUAAUUCUCGGAGCUAGCGAUCGGCAACGUCAGGUUACAUAUCUCUUGCAAUGGGCUCAUAUUCGUAAACCACUUCUCAAACGAAGCUGUCUCGCAGAUGGUAACGAGCUUCCCAUGCCCCUGCGACCUGCUGUAUGGAGGAAGGUUCUCAGUUUUCCCUUUCAUGGACUGUAUACGAAGUCCGAAGCCACAGACAAGCAAGCAAAGGACCACCAAGAGGGGACAAUUUGGCUUCAAAAGCUAUUCAACAAGUAUGCCCAAGGAGUGUCGGUAACAGCGUCGAUAGAAGCAGAUCCUAAUGCCAAAUCUAUGCGAGGACUAGUACACAAGUUGUGCAUGUUGAAUUUCUGGUUUCAAAUGAUGGUGUUGGAUGAGUUGGCCAAUUCCACAAAGCCACAGCCUACCCCGACUUGUACAGAGGCAGAUCUCGCUAUCGCAUGA